AUGGAGUCGGAUUUGACGAAUUCGAUUUGUUUUCGUUUUGGGUUAGGCUUUGAGGAUGUGAUCGUUGAAGAUCGUACUGAUCAGUUUGUACAAGUCCUGAGGCGUGAAUUAGAGAGAGUGGAGAAAGAAAAAGAAGAAUUCAUCAGCGACUUCUCGGAAGAGGAUUACAAUGACAUAGUUGGAGGAUGGAAAUCAAAGCUUGAAAGGAUCUGGAAGGCUUCUUCCAUUUGCAGCUUCUCCUCUGCCCAGAUGAUCUCCAUGAAAUCUGAAUGUGAUGAGAGAAAAGCAGAGGAGUACUGUGAGAGAGCUAUGUUAUCUGAUAAUGGUAGAGAUGGAGAGAUGUUGUCUAUGUAUGGAGAUUUGAUAUGGAAAAAUCACAGAGAUAGUGUUCGUGCUCAGUCUUACUUUGAUCAAGCUGUUCAAUCUUCUCCACAUGAUUGGCUUUCUUCAAGACUCUCCAAGAUGCAAGUUAAUGACUUUGUAUAG